GAGCUACAGCUCGGCGCCGCGGCUGGCUACCUCACCUGAGUUGGAGCCCGCGGUCUCCGGCAUGAGCCGGCGUGCCUACAGUGGUCUGCCCCGGCCAUCCUCCUGCCCCUGCGGACUUGGCGCGCGGAACACCGCGGACGGUUGUAAAGAAGAAAGCCCUGUUCUUUCUGAUAAGAUGAAGUGUUUUCAUUGCAAUCCUGAUCUUUCUGACCUGGAAGUGGUUAAAUCUGAGGACAGUGGGCGACAAGGUUCCUACAGCCCGGUGUGUUUGGAGCCCUCCUGUAAGGACUGCCUUAGAAACAAUGAAAGGCUAUCUUACACUGAGUCACCAAUUGUGGGCCAUGACAACAAGGAAAAUCAGCACGUGCAGAAAAUACUCAGUAGUCCAAGUGAAAUAGAGGAGCUAGCGGCCAGCAGACUGCACGAAGACAGCGGCUACUCAUCGUUCACGCAUCAAAGUGAACAGGAGGAUGACCUCUGUAUCCUGGAGAAUUUAAGAAACAGUCCCCAGCCGCGCCUGCUGCCAGCACAGAGCCCAGACCAGUAUCCCAACAAAAACCUGCUGCCCGUCCUGCAUUUUGAAAGAGUGGUUUGCUCAACGUUAAAAAAAAAUGGCAAACGAAACCCUAAAUUGGAUCGAGAAAUGCUGAAGGAAGUUAUCGCCAGUGGAAACUUCAGACUACAAAACAUAAUUGGCAGGAAAAUGGGCCUGGAACACCUAGAUAUCCUUACAGAGCUUUCCCGGAGGGGAUUCAAACACUUGUUGGCUAAUAUUUUGACCAAGCUCAGCGACAUGGACUUAAUAAAUCUGUCUAAAGUGAGCAGAAUUUGGAAGAAGAUACUAGAAAACGAUAAAGGAGCAUUCCAGCUAUACAGCAAAGCCAUGCAAAGAGUCCUUGAAAACAGUAAGCUAUCGCUACAUACUACCACCAGGGGAUUCGUUGUGGGCAGAACCGCACUAACUUCUGUUCAGAAGUCAUCGACCUGGGCGCCUCCCAAAAGAGAUGCUCAAGUCAAGCCCCCCAGUCAGCGUGGUCAGAAGGGCUCUGCCUACAGCCGGCACAGUGAGUUCAUUGAGGUGGCAAAGACAUUGAAAAACAACGAAAGCCUCAAAGCCUGUAUUCGAUGUAACUUCCCAGCAAAAUAUGACCACUAUUUAGAGCGAGCAAUCUGCAAACGGGAAAGCUGUAAAUUUGAAUAUUGCACAAAGUGCCUGUGCGAUUAUCAUAACAACAGAGACUGUUUGAAUGGCAAGCUCCUAAAAUCCAGCUGUAAAAUGGGCCCUUUGCCUGGAAGUAAAAAGAGUAAAAAAAAUUUACAAAGAUUGUGACAUUUUUGUAUAUCAACUGUAGAUCCUAAGGGUUACUUAAAAAAAAUGAAAGUUAGAUUUUAACCUAAGAAAGUAAAGAUAACUGUAUGACACCUUUUUGCCUCUUUGUGAAUAGAGGACAUACAGCUUCUUAAAAUAGCGUAAUAUUUUUAAAAAAUUAAAAUUGUCCAUGCGAAUGCCAAGAUUGGUGUAUUUUAAGAAAAAGAAACUGGAUAUCUUUGUAGUUAGGUGCUAAGAUAAAAUUGAUUGGAUUUUUCUGUUGAAGGAAGGUGAGUGAUUUUUAUGGAGUCUUGAAAACAGAUGUGGUUCUCAGGGUUAGCAUCUAAGGUAUACUUUACCAAAUUUGGAUUGUGUUCAUAUCAACUUGAGUCUGUCGAUUUAAAUGUUUGUCAUUGUCAAUGUGAGCCUUUUUCAGUGUUGAAAGUAUCCUUUGUAAAGUCCUAUUUACUUUAUUUCUGAAGUCUGUUUUAAUGUUUUUUAUACCUGUAAAUAUUUUUGUUUUUACGUGCCAAAGAAAAUAAAACACAUAACUUUGUUACAAAUAAAAUUGUUAAUAAGUUUAGUGGUGUGUGCGGCUUAUCUGUGUGAACACAUUAG